CCGUUUCGCAUCCUCCCUGCCAGCCAUCACAGCCGAGGCAGCGAGAGGAAGAGAUGGUGUCAAGGAACUGCUGAGAAAAAUCACCACAUUAAGCCACACACUCCUACCAUACCCGGAUGGAGGACACAAAGGAGGAUAACAAGCCUGGGGAUCAAAAAGAAAAUUCAGAAGCCAAGAAGAUGGGGAAGGGUGGGCUGGAGGUGUGCGAGGGAGGCAAGAAGAGUGUGGGGUCAGCAGAGGUGACAGAAAAUGGCAAACCAGAAGCACAGCAUAUUAAGGAGGACACAGAAGCAGGACUGAAGAAAGAGGCGGAGGAGAAGAUAAAGGAAAACAUCACCAAAGAAGAGGAGGGCCAGACAGACUGCGACACACAAACAAACACACCAGAGAAGAAGAAAAUGCAGAAAAUCAAAACAGAAAGAGUGGGAGGAGGGGCAGAAGGAGCAACAAGCAGGGAGGAUAAGGAAGUGGAUGAGGAGGAGGAAGAGGAAGGGGAGGAGGAAGAGGAAGAGGAGGAUGUGUUUGCAGGGCUGUCCACCUUUGCUGGGGAGGUGUUCGGCACGCUGGCCACCCCUACCGACCCUCUGUCAGGCGAGGAGAGGAGCCCCAGACCCCUCUCACUCAAUGGGUCCGACCUCUCCUCCACCAUGAGGCUCCUGCAGGAUCUGGUGACCUACGACGAGGAUGACCCUGAGAUGACCUACUGCCCUGGGCCGCUGGAUGGGCAGGGUCGUCUUGCUGCCGUGUCACACCUGCUGGCAGCGCUGGUCACCACACUUGACCCUCAACACCUGCGCCGCCUCGCCUCCCGUAUCAUGUCUGACACGUGUCUCUGGGUGUCCAGGCUCUUCAGGCACUUUGAGUCAACCGCUUACAUCCAUGAGGAUGUGCGUGAGGGCGUGGUGCGGGUGUGCCGGAUGCUGCUGCAUGCCCGCUACCCACGCCUGGCCUCAGAGGGCUUCCAGGCGCUGUAUGCACGGCCGCCUGUCAUCUACACUAGCAGCACUGUCCGCCCUGGCCUGCCCAACCACCUGGCAAACAUGCUUGGUUUGGGGUCGUCCUGUGUGCGUGUGGUGCCCUGCAACUCAGUGGUGGGGUCGCCGCUGGCCAUGGACGUGGCCGCACUGGACCGCAUGAUGGUGGAGGACUCUGCUGCACAGAAGAAGCCUCUCCUGGUCAUCGCCAAUGCUGGAGGCGGAGCACUGGGCGGUGUGGACAGCGUGGGGCGGGUGCUGGAGCUGUGCAGUGCCCACGACGCCUGGCUGCAUGUGGAGGGACAUGCCCUGGCUGCCCUCACCUUGCCCAACACCCCUAACCUGCCAGCUAAGAUUGGUGACAGCAUGACCCUCCCUCUGUCCCUCUGGCUGGGAAUACCAUCGCUGCCUUACGUUACUCUGUACAAGGCUCAGGAGACGUCAGCAGUGCAUUCAGCGGGGCUCACAGCGCUGAGUCUGCACGUCCGUCUAUCUUGUCUUCCGCUGUGGACCACACUUAUGACGCUGGGGCAAAGUGGCGUUGUGUCACGGUUCCAGCAUGCCUUUGAGCUGGGACGUCACCUGCAGCUGCACCUCAGCACCCUGCCCAGGAUAAGACUGCUGAGCCCUGCGCCACUGGAGGGCAGCACUGUGGUCACCAUUCAGGACCUCGUCAGCAAGCCUAUCAGCACUGCACAACUCCUGGAGACAGUGAGCGGAUCUGUGGUAUUCCAGUACAUUGAGGAGGCCAGCAGCAACAGCGGCGGCGGCAGGGCCAUCAGCACCAAGAACUCUGAAUAUUACGACAACCUCAACUCUUGGCUGGGGCAGGUGGUGCGGAGGGACGUGGGCACCAUCCCACUGGAGUUAGUGCAGCUGGAGACAGCCGGCCUGGUGCUACGGUGGAGUCCCCUGGAGGGCCCUGACACCUACCACAUCACCUUGGCUGACGUGGACCACCUCAUCGACUCCCUCCACCACCAGCUGGACAUCCUCAACGCCACAGUGGAGCAACGCAAGACCUUCACCAGCCUUGUCUCCUCGGCCACCAACCUGCAGCUGGUGGAGAUCCCUGGCUGGGCGGGCUUGGGCGGGGUGAGGUAUCUGGCCGACCUGUGGCUGGACCAAGAGACAUUUACGCCAGCCAACCGUGCAGACAUUAAUGCUCUCAAUGUACAUCUUGUGUCCCAACUGAAGGCUACAGACUCUGCAUUCUCUCUGGGGGAGGGCAGCGACGGCCUCAACUGUGUGCGGUUUGGCAUGGUGACGGCCGACACAGACCUCUCAGACCUGCUGUCGCUUGUCAUCACCACCGGCAAGGAGAUCGAGAAGUCCUCACGCUUCCUUGACCAGAUGACGGAUAUUGUGAGGAAAGGCAUUGAGGCAGCCACCGAGGACCUCAAGAGGGAGAAUGAGGAGAGGCUGUGGCAGGAGGGCAUUCUGAGACACGUCCCUAUCGUGGGGUCAGUGUACAACUGGUUCUCGCCCCCACCACCUCCAGGCAUCAAGGGAAGAACGCUGGACCUCACGGCAGGUGUUUUAGAGAGCACCGAGAACAUCUACCGCUACCACAUGCAGAUCCGCCACGGGUCAGCCCCCACACGCUCUGAGACCAAACUACCCCCUGCCCCAUCCAUCCAGACCCCAGUCACCCCCUCUGCCUCCUCCCCCUCCCACUCCCGGUCCUCCUCCACCACCUCCGCUCUCACGCCUGGCUCCACCCACUCCCGCAACACGUCGGAGAACCAGCCAAUCGCAACGCAGCAGGACGGGAAGGCUGCGGUGUCAGCCAAUGGGGUGCCAGCGCCGGCCCUCCAGUCAGCAGUAGUGGCAGUUCAGGGUCAAUAGGGUGCCAGGGUGUGUCAGUAGAGUGCCAGGGUGUGUGCGGUGGCCAAGGUCAGAGGUCGCCCAGAGGUUAUACAAAUAUACAUAUACAUACUAUACAUGCACUAUAUAUAUAUACAUUUUAGAGAAGGAUGUGAUAUGUUCCUUGUGGUAUAUAUAUAUAUAUGGCACAAUAUCUUAUUUCUUUGUUCUUUUAUUGUUUUUUUUUUUUUUAAUAUGAAUUUGUUGUUCUGGCUCUCUCUCUUUUUCUGGUUAAAUAUAUAAUUAUUACUACUAUUUCUACUACUGCUACUACUACUGUUACUAUUAAUAUUAUUAUGGGAUUUUUUUCUGUAUAUAUUUUGCACCAUUUUUGUUUGUUGUUAUCCAUUUUUUUUUCUCUUUUUCCAGUUUGGCGUGUUUGUGUGUGUGUUUGUUUGUGUGCUUGUUUGUUUUGGUAUACAUUUAGUUUCCAGUUGCAUUUUUUUUUUUUUUCUCUUUUUUUUAGGUUUUUGCGCACGUUGUGUUUGUUUGUUUAAUUUUUCACGUUUGCUUCACUCGUGUGUACCACAGUUUGAGUCUUGUUGCAGCUCUGACCUGUGUUGACCCUUGUGACCCAUGAUCUAACCUAACCUUGAUCCUUUGUCCUCUGUCCUCUGCACCCCCCCCCUGACCUCCUCCCAGCCACAGUGACCUAACUACCCCCAAACACAGUGACCUUUCAAGGCAGCCACUUUUGAAGAAUUAGAUUGAAAAUGUUUGUUUGCAUUUUAUUUAUUUAUUUUAUUGAUUUAUCUUUUUUUUUUUUCGGGGGGGGGGAGUCAUGUGGCAGCAAAAUGAGUGAGUCAGAGUGAGUGAGUGAGUGAGUGAGUUUACUGAAGCUUUCUCCACAUUGCAAAGUCCAUCAAAUAUUUCUUUUUUUUUUCCCUGCACUCAAAAAAAAGAACAAUAUUCAGAAUUUACUCAACGAAUCUUUUUUUUUUUUUUCUACUCGUGACAGGAGAAAAAUUUUGUAGCUGAAAAAUGCUAGUGUAUUGUGUUUUUCAAGAUAGGAAAGAGGGUGAGAGAGAAAAAUUACCGCAUAUAAUCAUCAAUUUUUCCAGUCCAUCUCUUAGUAAUUCAAUUGUGUUUUUCUAGAUAGAUAGGGAGAGAUAGGAAAUGUCUCAUCUAUUCAUCCAAAGUCGCUAGUUGUGUUUUAGAGAUAGAGAUAGAGAGAGAGAGAGAGAUAAGAACUGACUCAUCUAUUCAUUCAAAGUGUCCAGUUAUGUGUUUCUAGAUAGCAGAGAGAGAGAGAUAGAGAGAGAGUGAAAAAUUAAUUCAUCUAUUCAUCCAAUGUCUUCAGUCCAUCUCUUCUUAAUUGUAGCAUUCAGUCAGUCAGUCGGUCCAUUAGUCAGUCAGUUAGUCAACCAAUUAGUCAGUUAAUUAGUUAGUCGCUCAGUCAAUCAGUCAGUUAGUCAGUGUCUUGUUCUCUCAGUAAAGAAUUUAGCCGAAGAACAGAAAGAUUUGCUCAAUUUAACAAAAAGGGAAAUAAAAAAAAUAUCACAAAAACACGAGAGAGAGAGAGAGAUGUGUACCUUUCAAUAGCUUACUUCUUGUCUCUAUAACUACCUUAGCUCAAACUUCAUAAUUAACUAAAUGAAUAACAGAUGGACUAAAGGAACUAAGGGAAGCUGUAGGAGCAACUAUAUGGAUUAAAUAUAAAGACUUUUCUUUUUUUUUUUCACUUUUUCACUUAUGGGUCUUUGGAGAAACAUUGGAAUAUGGGGAGAAACUUUUUAUUAUUAUUCUAUUUAUUUAUCUUAUUUAUUUUUAUUUUAUUUUUUUCAGUUCGGGUGUUUGGGGAAAGGUUUAGAAAGAUAGGCAUGAGAUUACAAGGCUGCAAUAGAAAGGAAGCAUAGAUAGGAGGGAAGAAAGACCAUGUGAGAGAGAGAGAGAGAGAGAGAGAGAGAGAGAAUUUUCAUAAGAACCCAAGUAAGAAUAACAGCGUAUGAGAGAGAGAGAGAGAGAGUAUUAACCACAGCAGGACAACCCAAGAUAUUAUUAUUAACACACAUAUUUAUUUUCCUUCACUCUUGCAUGUUUGUAUUUUGACUGAGCCUAGCCUCACCUCACCUCACCUCACAUUGUUUGCUUGCUUGCUUGCUUGUUAACCUCAUAUUAUUAUUAUUAUUACCAUUGUUACUCCCCCAUAUAUGGUCACUGCAUGUCUGUAUGUAUGUGUGUAUGGCACGGGUAGCUCACUGAGUUUGUGUUUGUGUAUGUUUUUGUGUGUGUGUGUGUUUGGGCAUCACUUUGUCUGGUAUUGGUAUUGUUUUCUCUCUCUCUCUCUCUCUCUCUCUCUCUCUCUCUCUCUCUCUCUCUCUCUCUCUCUCUCUCUCUCUCUCUCUCUCUCUCUCUCUCUCUCUCUCUCUCU